AUGUCUCGUGGAAGAGAACCUUUUAGUAACCUUACCACCAUUGAUAGGAACGACGACAGCCAUCGAAGAUCCUUAUCAGCCAGCUCGGUCAAGGGUGUUUCCGAGCGGGAACGUGACCGACAAGUGGAAUUACGUGGAGGCUCUGAGACACUUGCGCCACAAUGGUGGGAGUUUUUCAACUUCAAGUUAGUGAAUGAGCUCGUCAAUGAGGAUGAUGAAAGCAUCUUUGGUGCCAUUCUUGAAUAUGUGUUUCCUUCGGCAACUAAUCCAGGCCCUGGAUACGUGAUCGCCUUUCGAGAUAGGGUGUCAAAGGCUGGUUCUUCAAAGGUAUGGUUAACUGGUCAUUCCCUAGGGGCAGCCAUCGCAAUGCUUGCUGGAAAGAAUACGGCGAAAAGAGGCGGCGUUGUCCUUGCUUUGGGAUAUAGUGGUGAUGAAGAUUCAUUUGCUGCAAUAUCAGGGUGGAACCCAUGUUUGUUUGUGAAUAGUAGAGACUUCACAUGUCAAGGAGAUAUUGAACAUUUCAAGAAGAGAAGAAAGAGCGACGACGUUGGAGUUUGGGGACUAAUCAGCCAUCAUUCACUAAGAAAUAUAGUGAUGAAAGAACUGAAAAUAAUGGAUGUUGCAAUUUCGGAGCCGCUUCAGUUGCUUCCUUCGGCAAAUCUUAUAGAGAAUCUCAGUCCUCCCGAAGAAAGCAUUUCACCUCAUAAACUUCGCCAUUGGUGGAAGCCUGAUCUGAACUCGCGUUGUACUGUUUAUAACUACGAAUAG